AUGGGCAACUCUGGAGCAAAAGAAACAACAGCCUCUCCCUCUCGAUCAUCACCAUCAUCAAGGUCAUCCCUCUCAUCAACAACAACAACAACAAACAGCAGAAAUUCCUUGUCCAACACUAAAGCUCCAACUCCUUCAAAAGAAAUUUUAAGUGUGCAAAAGAGGACCUCUACUACUACUCAUCAAUCAAACACCACGACGAGCCCUCUUAGAUCAACCAAGAGAAAAUAUGAAGAAGUUCAGGUGAUAACAGCCAUUACUGCUAGCCAGGACACAGAACGUGACGAUGACGAAGAAGGAUCGACAAAUACGCAAGAUAUUGAACAAGAAACCAAAAAAGUGAAAAGAGAAUCAACAACAAAUAAUUCCGAUCAUGCAUUAAAUAUUGCAACACCUCCAACCACUGUAAUCACUUUCAGUGGAUUUAAGAAUACAAACGACAAAUUCAGCAAAAAUGUAAAGAAAAUGUUAACAGAGGAAGCUAUCAAGUACAACGUAGUUGUGAAAGAAGAAUCAAUCGAUGAUAGAGACACGCUAUCUAAUGACAUUACUCAUAUAAUUGCUCCACCAUAUGCUAGGACCAUGAAAGUUUUACAAGCGAUUGCCACAGGACGCUGGAUCAUGUCAACUAAAUGGAUUACAGAAGGAAAAUGCUCUUUAGAGAAUCUUCAUUUAUAUGGAGUUCGAAGAUUAGAUAGGCCAAUAUGUGGAAAGAAAGUUUUUUUGCAUGAAACCUUUUUAAAACAAUAUCCAUCAAAGACUUUAACUUACAAACACUGUCAAAUGCUUGUCGAAUUUGGAAGUGGAUCGUUUACAGACAACAUUGAGGAGGCUGAUUUUUGUAUCGUUGGUGUGUCUGAUGAUUCGAGUGAUGUCGACAAACUUUCAGAAGAAAAGGACCGUAUUGUCCAACAGUAUCCUUACAUGAUGGUUCUAGAAUGGGUAGAACUUGUCGAUCUGAUUUAUCCUUUUUAUCUUGAACAAGCUCUAAGAAAAAUGGAGAGGUAG